AUGCUACCCCUUGGCUACCUUCUCAUGGCGGCCGCCGCGAUCGCCACGUACGCUGUGCUCUCGAUCGGGCCGGUCGAGUUCGUCGCGAGCCCGCCUCCCUACGGCCUCAACGCAUGCACAGCGUGCGGUCUGCGCCUGUCGGUCCUGUGCCCAACGUCGCUCUUCGCGCACCUCGAGAAUCUCUCGAAGCACCUCGGACUAUGA